AUGCCGCAACCUCUUGCCUCUAAGGAGGCCUCGCUCUUCCGAUCCGUUAUUCGAUACUAUGAAGACAAGCAAUACAAGCGUGGUCUCAAGUCCGCCGAGCUUAUUCUCAAGAAGCAUCCGAAACAUGGAGACACCACUGCGAUGAAGGCCUUGAUUCUGAACUCUCAGGGCAAGACAGAAGAAGCUUUUGCAUUGGGAAAGGAAGCCUUGACCAUGGAUAUGAAGUCGCACAUCUGCUGGCACGUGUAUGGUUUGCUGCACCGGGCAAACAAGAAUUUUGAGGAGGCUAUCAAGGCGUACAAGUUUGCUCUGCGACUAGAGCCUGAGUCGGCACAAAUUCAACGCGAUCUGGCUAUUCUGCAAAUUCAAUGCCGCGACUAUCAAGGAUACAUCCAAAGCCGAACCGCUAUGCUUCAGGCCCGACCUCAAAUGCGCCAAAGCUGGACUGCGCUCGCUAUUGCUCACCACCUUUCCGGAAACCCUGCCGAGGCUGAGAAGGUCAUGAAUACAUACGAGGAAACAUUGAAGACGAAGCCCUCGAAAUUCGACAACGAGCACUCAGAAGCAAUUAUGUACAAGAACUCUCUAAUUGCGGAGCAAGGAGACUAUGAGCGGGCACUUAAGCAUCUUAACACCGCUGCCAAGCAGAAUCUCGAUCGAUUGGCUGUCAUGGAGGCGCGCGCCGAGUAUCUCCACAAGCUGGACAAGAAGGAGGAGGCUGCUAAGGCCUACCGGGCUCUCCUUGACCGCAACUCGGAGCACCCUGCAUACUACGAGAAACUCUUGGAGGUCCUGGAGGUACCAGAAGAUGACCCCAAGGCUCGCAAGGCUAUCUAUGAUGAGUAUGCGGAGAAGUCCCCUCGUUGCGAUGCUGCGCGUCGGUUGCCGCUGGACUUUUUGUCAGGCGAUGACUUCAAGCAGGCUGCCGAGGCCUAUUUGACGUUGAUGCUUAACAAGGGAGUGCCAUCAACCUUCGCUAACCUUAAGCAUCUUUACUCCGACUCAUUCAAGAAGGAUACCCUCCGUGAACUGGCCGAGAACUAUUUGAACUCGCAAGGUGCUGAUUCGGAGAGCAAGGAUAAAGGAGAGGCGGCGGCACUGUAUUACCUUGCACAGCACUACAACUACCAUCUCAGCCGGGACUUGACAAAAGCCAUGGAGUACGUCGAGAAGGCGAUUGAGAAGGACCCCAAGAGCGUUGAUUUUGCCAUGACGAAGGCACGAAUUAUUAAGCAUGGCGGAGACGUACAAGAAGCCUCCAAGGCAAUGGAUCGAGCCAGGAAGCUUGACCUCAAGGAUAGAUACAUUAACACAAAGGCAGCCAAGUAUCAGCUUCGCAACAACGAAAACGAUAAGGCUCUCAAGACAGUCGGCCUCUUCACUCGUGCAGAGACUGUUGGUGGUCCCUUGGCGGAUCUUUUGGAUAUGCAGAGUGUCUGGUUCUUGACAGAAGACGGCGAGGCAUAUGCUCGCCAAGGUAACGUUGCGCUUGCUCUCAAGCGAUUCCAGCAAAUCUUCAACAUAUUUGAGGUGUGGCAGGAGGACCAGUUCGAUUUCCACAGCUUCUCUCUGCGCAAGGGUCAGAUCCGCGCCUAUAUCGAUAUGAUGCGAUGGGAAGACCACGUCCGUGAUCACCCCUUUUUCUCAAGGGCUGCUCUGGAUGCAAUUGAAGUCUACCUCAAGCUGGCCGAUAAGCCUUCCGCAAAUGGUGUCAACGGCGCCGAUGGAGAGGACGCUGAGGAUGCUCUGGUCAAGAAGAAGGCCGCCAAAAAGGCUAGGAAGGAGCAGCAACGCCUCGAAAAAGAGGCUGCCGAAUUACAAGCUAAGCAAGACCCUAACAAGGGCAAGGAUAAGGAUGGAGAAGUCAAGAAGCAGGACGACGAUCCUCUCGGGUUGAAGCUCGCCGACACCACCGACCCUCUCGGCGACGCCAUGAAGUUCGUCAACCCCUUACUACAAUUCAGCCCUAGGAACAUCAACGCCCAGUUCGCUGGCUUCGAGGUCUACAUGCGCCGCAAGAAGUAUAUUCUUGCCCUCCGCUGUCUCACAGCUGCCCUAGCACUUGACCCCAAGUCGCCCAGGGUGCAUGAACAUACUGUAGCGUUCGCUCAACUAUUGAAGACUGCGACCGACAUUGAGCCUAAGGUUCUGGAGGUGCUAAAGGCUGAGUUCAAGGCAGUCGAUCCUUCCACGGAUCUCGUCAAGUUCAACGACGAGUUCCUUGCCGCCAACAAGGGUAGUCCUAGACAUGUUCUCUCUGCCAUCAAGGCACAGAGACUAUUGGGUCCAGAUAAGGCUAAGAGCGAAGAGGAUGUCUCUGGCAUCUUGGAUAUCCCGGAUGUCACCUAUGAGGAUGCCAUCGAGGGACUUCAGGUGCUCAAGGGCUGGAGGAGUUCUCAGGUGGAAGCAUACAAGAAGGCGGCCCAGGAGAAGUUCCCCAAUGUGACAAGGCUCGCAUAA